GCGCGUCUCAUUAGAAAGCCUGGAGAAUUGGAGACGUCCUCAAGUAGGAACCAAUAAAAUGUGACGUAGAAGAACUCGUUUCCUCACGGAUUAUUUUUGUUGAUGCGCUCCGACACUAAAGCGCUGUAAUGAACAUGUAGUAUAACGACUUUUAACGGUAAAUGUCCGUGUUGAAAAGUUAUAUCAGUCAGAGUAGCUGCCACUGAUUCAUUUGAAGUCUGAAAAACCACUGCAGCUAAAAUGUCUGACUGGUGUCCGAUAGCGAAAGACUACAACCCCCUGAAAGCUGGCAGCAUCGACGGGACAGACCUGGAGCCCCAUGACCGGGCGGUAUGGAGGGCCAUGUCUGCCCGCUACAAGCCCAACAAGGGCGUCGUUGGCGACCCACUGCUCACAUUGUUUGUGGCCCGCUUGAACCCCCAGACAACUGAAGACAAGCUGCAGACAGUGUUCUCAAAAUAUGGAGACAUACGCCGGCUCCGACUUGUUCGGGACAUCGUUACGGGUUUCUCCAAAGGAUACGCCUUCAUAGAGUACAAGGAGGAGCGGUCCGUGAGUCGGGCCCGCCGGGACGCCGACAAGCUGGUGGUGGACCAGCACGAAGUGUUCGUGGACUUCGAGCAGGAGAGGACCCUCAGAGGAUGGGUGCCGCGGCGUCUCGGGGGCGGGUUGGGCGGCAAAAAGGAGUCCGGACAGCUGCGUUUCGGCGGCAGGGACAGACCCUUCCGCAAACCGAUAAACCUCGGUCCCGGGGCCACGCAGGAGCGAGGACCGGGGGAUAGAGACCGAGGAGAACCGAGAGUCAGAGGGGACAGACGCCGGUACGGAGAGAGCGACUGGGGCAGCAGAGACAGGAGAGAUUACCGGGAGAGAGACAGGGGUGAUCGCAGACACAGAGACUGGAGAUGAUGAUGAUGAUGAUGAUGAUGUUUAUAGGCAUUUUCGGCUGUAAAGAACAGACAUUUCAACUGAUUUCGGAUUGCUUUACCUGAUGUGCAAUAAUUUCCAUUCUCCCUUUUUAAAAACAUUUUUUUGUUGUUAAAAAUACUAAUUGGGCUCUUCAAACUCAAUAGGAGUCCAAUUAUAUUUAGGGUAUAAUUGCACCUUGUACAUUACAUCCAAGUUGUGCACAUGCAAAGAAGUAAAAGUUUCUUUUUCAAUUCUGCAAGUCAGAACCAAUUUGUUUCUCCAUUCCUGUUUCAAUGAGACACAGUUUAUUUCAGUUCUUAUAUUUGCCAGUUUGCUAACGUUGACACAGGUUUUGAUUUUUGCUAAUUAGGAUUGUAAAGUAUGCUUUAAACCAUAAUUGUUUGACACAAGAGUAUAAAGCCCCUCCCAGAGAUCCAAAUAAAACAAAAACAAGGAAACAAAAUUUUUUUUAUUUGUAUUUAGCACCCCCUGAGCAAUCGCAGCUACAGACAUUUUGUGAUUAUGUCUCUGCCAGGUUUGCAGAUCUAGAAGUUAAAGUUCUGUCAGAUUGUAUGGAGAGAGUCUGUGAACAACAUAAGGGGGGAAAUGACUGUUUGAUCUGGUACAGGAAUGUAUUGUUACAAUCUGAUGACCUUGAUGAUUGGUUAAAGUGCAAAAUUAUUAUUAAAAGAAAACCAAAGUUUUGAGAUGUUUUGCAAAUAGGCCUCUUUUAGAAAUCUAUUUUUUGUUAUACAUGAUUGGCAAAAAAGACUGUGGGAAGAAUAUGUGGCCUACUUGUCAAAGAUGUUACAGUAGUUGUUCCCUUUGUACUGCCUCAGGAUUAAAAUAGCAGAAUAUUUUAUUUCCAACAUGACUAAACUUGUGCAAGUUAGAACUCAGAGGCCUUGUUGUCUGGAUGAAGCCAGUUUCUGCUUGUCAUCUUCCCUGAGCUUCAUUUCAGCUUGGGUAUGCCUCUUUUUGCACAGUGUUGAAUUCAGUCCUGCAAAGUCAGAACACGAGACAGAUGAGCUGUGUUUAAUGACAAAGCUGCAGGAGACUGAAGAGAUGUCGAACCCGGUGUCUCCUGAAAACAGAGUUGAUUUCGAGGUUAGCAUUCAGCUUAUCUUGAAGUUUUACACAUGAAGUUUUACAAAUGAAAACUUCAUGUUUAUACAUGAAAUGAAAACCUGGAUUUUACGUGUAAACAGUAACCUCAGCAAGUUUUAAUUUACACAUGAACUUUUUGUUUGACAUUGUUGCGAUGCAGCCACAGGCAUUAACAUAUUUUAUAUGUAUUAACAUACAAAUACAAACUAAGAUGCUGGAGCAUUAACCACAGAAGAAGUUAAAAGUUUCAUAUUAACUCUGGAGGAGCUGCAGAGAUCCACAACUCAGAUAGAGAAUCCAGCCAUUAUUGACCUUGCUCUCCUCAAAUUAGCCACAGGAGACACAGUUGAGCAUGAAGAUGGGAGUUUGGUCAGAAGAAACUAAAAUGGGACUAUAUGCAAAAUGCUAAUGUGGUUGAAAAAUAAGAUUAUACACCAUCCCCAUUGUAGAACAGCGUAGUGGCAGCAUUGUGCUGUGGGGAUAGUUUUCUUAUCGGGGACUGGGAAUCUGAUAAGUUUUGAUAGAAAGAUGAAGGGACCUAAUUAUAGAGCAACCUUGGAGAAAAAAAAGCCUCUUUAUGGUCAAUAUAGACUUCAGACAGGAGCAGAUGUUCAAUGUUCAGCAGGAUAUUGACCCUAAACAUGCAUAGCAACAACUGAAAGGUUUGGAUCAAGGUAUGUUCAAGAGCUCAGAUUUGAUUAAGUGGAUUUCAUUUCUAAUACUUUGUUGUUUUUUUUCCAGACAUGUUCAUUUGUUGCAUUGUUUGUAUUUCACUACAUGGAGAUAAUAGUCUUAUAAACAAACAAACAAUUACCCACAACCCUCACACUAACUGAGAGGUCCAUAAAGAACAAAGUACAAAUGUCUCCGCUAAGACCUAUAAACUCACAGCUUAUUUUAAAAUAUACAUAGCACCUUUGGAUGUGGUCUCCAUCUUGGAAGCUGUGCUCAGUUACAUAAAAAAGCCUGGGAAAACAGCAGUAAGACCCUUUUUUGUUUUUACUAAGAUCCUGAUUAUAAAAAGCAAAUAUAAAUCUUUUUUUUAGUUGUCUUUUGCUUUAUUCAUCAGAUGCUUAGUUAUGUGUGAUUAGAAAAAUGUUACAGUUAUAAAUGACACUUGUUACUCAACAGUUUGUUGAAAAAGUGCUUUAUUUUCUUGACUUCUUUGCAUUUUCUGCUACAAUCACCACCAUCAUUUCAGUGUAUUUUCUUUUUGUUUGUUUGUUUGCUUCUUUGUUUCUUCCUUUCUUGACGCUCCCACUAUGAGGAAAAGCUAAGUGGCAUUAAGAGUUUUGCCUGAUAAUGUGGGUAACCUGUUUUAAAUAGAUUAUUUUAAUUACCAAAAAUGUAAUAAAACAGUCUGUUAAAGUCCAGACUGAUUGAUUGUAAAAGAGCGCCAACUCCAUCUGUUGCAUUGCCCCAAAUACGUGAAGUUUUAACCGUUA